AUGGCUUGUUUUGAUAAUGGCUUUUCGGUGUGGCGAGGAGGAGGGUUCAGCGCCGCCACGGAGCCGCCCUGGGCGCCAGCAGCCCGCCAUGUCUUCCCCUCGGCUGGUCUGCACCUCCCGCCACAGCCCGACCCGUCGCAACUACCCCAGCUGGAAGCCCGACAUCUGCAGCAGCCUGAUCCCCGACACUUUCCCCAGCCGGAUAUCCGCGCCGUCCCCCCGCCUGACUCCCGCCACCUGCAGCAGCAGCAGCAGCAGCAGCAGGCGCGGCACCCCCCUUCCUCUACAUCAUGGCACGACGUCACCAUCCCACAGCCGGCUGGGGCUUUUGAGCUCUUGUGUAAGAACGACUUCCAGAGUCACACAGCGGACGCUGCGUCAGCGGCACACUUCCCCGCUGACGCCAAGAACAGCGUCUCAAUCCUGACGCAAAAGGAGGAUGGUGAGUCUACACCUUUCGGUAAACUGCCUGCGAGCAUGAGCAAGUUGCGGUUUACCUCCCAGGGAGAGUACGGACGGACAUGUUUCCCGAGCGUGUCUCAGGACACCGGCGGUAGAGCGGCGCCACCCGGCCUGGAGGGCCGGAUAAAGUUGGAAGAGCCGUGGCCGGGUGAGCGGGGGCCGAGCGUGCAGUUGUCGUGCUCAGCCCGACACGACUACAACGCCAACUUGUCGCUCAUCCACCAACAAAUACAGCAGCACCAGCAGCCUCCGCUGCAGCCGUCAUUCCCGCCCGGAGGACAGCAGGUUUACCAGACGACAGCGAUGGGACAGCAGUACUGCGCACAGCAGCAGCCGGCAGCGCAGCAUUACCAGCAUCCGGCUGCGCUGCAGACAUGGGGCGCAGCAUACCAGGGGGCCGAGGGCACGUCGUACGGAGGCGACCAGCACUACAAUAUCUACGCUCGCUCGGUGUACAUACAGGGAGGUCCUGGGCCCCAGUACCCAUACCCAGGAUACCCAGGGCUCUCAGCGCCCUCUCCGGGGCCCUCGAGGCAUCCGGCUGUGCCCCAGAGUGUUCUUCCGUCCCCACCUGCGCAGCCCUCAGCCCUCACCACGCCCAUGAAGCCUCGUCGUCGCAGACGCUGGACGCGACGCAAGGCCAUAACCCACACCUGUUCUCAGACGGGCUGCGCCAAGACGUACGCCAAGUCGUCACACCUGAAGGCACACAUGAGGACCCACACCGGAGAGAAGCCCUACACCUGCGACUGGAAGGGUUGCGGCUGGAAGUUCGCGCGCUCCGACGAGCUCACGCGCCACUACCGCAAGCACACGGGUGACAGACCCUUCCAGUGCCGCCUCUGUGAGCGGGCUUUUUCUCGCUCAGACCACCUUAGUCUGCAUAUGAAGCGGCACAUGGCCCUCUGAAGCUGUCAUGAAGCGGCACAUGGCCCUCUGAAGCUGUCAUGAAGCGUCACAUGGCCCUCUGAAGCUGUCAUGACGCGUCACAUGGCCCUCUGAAGCUGUCAUGAAGCGUCACAUGGCCCUCUGAAGCUGUCAUGACGCCUCACAUGGCCCUCUGAAGCUGUCAUGACGCCUCACAUGGCCCUCUGAAGCUGUCAUGACGCCUCACAUGGCCCUCUGAAGCUGUCAUGACGCCUCACAUGGCCCUCUGAAGCUGUCAUCACGCCUCACAUGGCCCUCUGAAGCUGUCAGACGACCGUCUGAUGCUCACAAGAGGUGUCACAAGGUGUCGUGAGCUGCAAGGUGCCACAUGGCCCCAUGAGGGCCACAUAAUGCGCCUCACUCUUAAGCUAACAUGAGGAAUGAUAUAGCACUAUGAGGCUCACAUCUCGUCUUCUCAGGCGUUCACAACGUCACGAAAUUGAUGUACUAAUUUAUCCGAACCUAACUUAACCUAACCAUGGACCCACAAAUAGAAAACGGGACAUCACGUUACUUUUGCGAGCCGCUGUGAUGGUUAGUACAUCGGUUUUUGGACGU